AUGAGGCUGUCACGCCGCGUACGUAAACUCGCCACCAUCAUCAGCGCCCGAACCCCUCUGUUGAAAGACGCCAACGCCGCCAGGGGUAAAUACCACGAGGACCAGCACACCCUAUUCGCGACGAUGCUGAAGGCGCACAAACUGGUUACUCUUGGUGAUUUCAAGGCCCCUUUCGGUACACACCACUUCACAUGGUAAGAGGUGUUAGGUUCUUGUGGAAUCAACAACUGCAACGGCGACGACCUCCUCUCGCAGGCUUUUACAGAACAUAAUCUGCUCCUCACUAACAGGUACUUUAGUCCUCGAAACUGGACGAAGGCAAUUUGAAUGUACCCUCGUCCGAGUCACUGGCAACUGAUGGAUUACGUCCUCACCACGAGGCGAGGUCAGCGCGAUGUGCCAGUGGGAGAGGCGAUGUGUGACGAAAAAUGCUGGACCGACCACCGCCUGCCAUAUCGCAGAUGGGGUUUUGACUGUAACUCCGGAAGCGUUAACCAUGUAAACGAACACGAGGUAAGUUCAAAGGGGCAUUAUUGGAUACGGUUAGUCACCGAGUAGAUUUAAUCACCUACACAAAGCUCAAACCUAAACAAAUGCAAAUUCUGGGAGAAAACGCCAACCUUGAGAUCAGUGGGAGGGAAUUCCUGGAUGCUGCCGCUCUGGAAUCCUCGGUCGCGCACAAUGACAGUAUCAAGGUUAGUAUGAUGACAUGGACGAAGAAAUUCGACACCUGUUGCCUGAGAAAGCAGUACGCACACGAUCUAUGUCAACAGCAGAAUUGAGGUCAGUAAGGCCGCUUGGUUCCGAUGCCGAAGCCUACUGCAGAAGGGACCGGGAGAUGUAUAGUGAUUGGCUAACUAGUGAGACAUAAAAACUUCAAAGGCAGGCCGCACGCGGUGGAAUGAAGAAUUUCUUUACGGUCACCACGGCAGUCUCCGACCCUAAGCCAAAGGAACCCCGCCACUGCUCAGCUGACACGGAGAGGUCCUGCUAGCGGAUAAGUCGCGGAUUCCAGAGCGCUGAGCAUAGCGCUUUGUGAGAUUUUCCUUAACCAACUAUACAUAAUCUGCAAGGAAUCUACCAGCCGACUUCCUCAGUCAGGCACCAGAGCCAAACUUGAUCGCCAAAAUUCCUUACCGGAGACGAACAAGACAGCGCAAAACUUGUCCAGCAGGAAACCACUGGAGGUCUAGCCAAAUCCAUGUAAAAUUUAUAAAUGCUGUGAAUCACGGACAGGCUUACUUCACUGUUUCAGGGCAAGUUGUGCCAAGGACAAAUCCACCAAAGCUUCUGUGGUGCCAGCAUCCUGCACAUAUACAAAAGUACGGGGAAAAAGUCAAUCGUGUGACAACUAGGGAGCCAUCUUCCUCCUUAACAGUGCAGGCAAAACCUCAGCCUCUGUCCUACUCAAUCGCUUGAACACUUGUUUUGGGCAGGGUCUUCUUUGGGAAACAAAAUACGUGUUGCGGGGUCAUCUCGGAACCACCGACCUCAUCUUCACAGCCCUCAAAUUCGGUAGCCACACGAUGCUGAGGCACACACAAUAACGUUGGUUUAGCGACUGCCGAAGCGAAAAAUAGUGUCAAUACAGAAAUACCCUGCAUGUAACUUCAGUGAUCUGAGAAGAACUCCAACAGAAUCGCCAGACGCAGUGUACUGUCGUAACGGCUAGAGCAGCCGUCUUCAGCGUCAUGCGAAAAUGGUGUUGUGAGGAGAGACGGGGAGGCUCGCAAGACUCGGAUGCCGCGGACCAAUGACGCGAGUUCCCAACCCCAGCCAUUGCGCCCACACUGUGAGACGACAUUAAGGGCAUGGAAUGGCCUCGUUGAUCAUCCCUUGACCCCCUAUUACGUUAUUAGGACCGACUCGUCUUCCACCUCACAAAACACCACCACUACCACUAAUACCGUCAGUGAGGGCAAUCCUCCCACCCUGCCCUCCAUCACCACCACCUCCCCUUCCGCCAGCAUUGUGGACUUGAUUUCAACCUGUCCCCUUCGCGAACGUAUCUUCGAGUUAUUCAGUGGCCUGCCCGGUCACUUUUGA